GCAUACAUUAUUAAAUAUACGAGUCUCUGUCCCUUUGAGGUGAACUUAAACUCACGCUGUCUUUAAAUUCUGUUCCCUUUGUAUGCAACUAAUGAGAUUGGAAAGGAGGGAGCUGGGUCAUGGGGCCCUGGCUGAGAAGGGACUGAGACCAGUCAUUCCUAAAGACUUCCCUUUCACUAUCAGGGUCACUGCUGAGGUCCUGGAGUCCAACGGUGUGCCCAUCUCUUCUGCUGUGGCAGGGGUAGCAGUUGGCCUCAUUUCUAAGUCCAACCCAGAGAAACCUGCUGAGAUUCAAGACUACAGAUUACUAACUGAUAUCCUGGGAAUAGAGGAUUAUCUUGGAGACAUGGAAGAGCUAAAGAGACAAAUUGGCAGGAACAAACAAGGGCAUCAUUGCUUUACAGGCUGAUGUGAAGAUACCAGGUUUGCCUCUGAAGGUGAUAAUGGAGGCUAUCCACCAGGCCACAGGCAAAUACAUCAACUGAAGAAUCACAGGAAAUCACAAUUCCCACUGGACUUCCACUUUAAAAACAAAAUCAAAGAAAUCAUAGCCUCUGACUGUUUUCUGUGUGGAAACACCUGCUGACUCACACAAUUUACAGUAGCAGCUAAGAUUUUUUCUUAUGUCCACUACAUGGCAGCAGUAGUCCAUGUCAAGUUUGUCUUGCUUUUAAAUCUAACGUACACACAUUUUGGUAGAAUGGAUAGCUGGGUUAUCCAGACUUCACUGUUGACAGUAUGACAACCACUUUACUGACUCUUAGCUGAAUCAUGAUGAAGACGUUUUAGGGUGAACCACCACCUACAUGAACUCACUGUC